UGUCCAGCUCCUCCCGGGGCUGCCCGCCCGCCGCUCCUUCCCUGCCCACCUACUAUGAGGAGCGGCUCCUCCCACCUGCCCAUAAAAGCCAAGUGCAUGUUACCAGCACCAGAUCAGAGCACUUUCCCGGUCCUCUCCUGUGGGAGCCCCCGAACCUCUCUUCUGGAUCUUACGUGCUCAAGACGGUGUUCUGGAAGCGGAGUAUAGGGUGAAGAGACAAAAACCAGCCUUAAGCGUGCCACAGGAAAGCACAAAGGCACAAGCGAGGACACUAGUCCUGAUCCCAGAGGCAGCCAAGUCUAAAUGUGAUGGCUGUGCCACCUGCCCCUCUGCAGCUGCUGGGAGUGCUACUUACCAUUUCCCUGGGCUCCGUCAGGCUCGUUCAGGCUGGUGCCUACUAUGGAAUCAAGCCGCUGCCUCAAAUUCCUGCUCAAAUCCCACCACAAAUUCCACAAUACCAGCCCCUGGGCCAGCAAGUACCUCACAUGCCUUUGAGCAAAGAUGGCCUUACCAUGGGCAAGGAGCUGCCUCACAUGCAGUAUGGCAAAGAGUAUCCACACCUACCCCAGUAUAGGAAGGAAAUUCAGCCGGUGCCAAGAAUGGGCAAGGAAGCAGCACCCAAGAAAGGCAAAGUAGAAACACCAUUAGCUAGUUUACGAGGGGAGCAAGGUCCCCGAGGAGAGCCUGGCCCAAGAGGACCACCUGGACCCCCUGGUUUACCAGGUCAUGGGAUACCUGGAAUCAAAGGAAAACCAGGGCCACAGGGAUAUCCCGGAAUUGGAAAGCCAGGUAUGCCUGGAAUGCCAGGAAAGCCAGGAGCCAUGGGAAUGCCUGGGGCAAAAGGCGAAAUUGGACCCAAAGGGGAGAUCGGGCCCAUGGGGAUCCCAGGACCACAAGGACCCCCAGGGCCUCACGGACUGCCUGGCAUUGGGAAACCAGGUGGGCCAGGGUUACCAGGGCAACCAGGUGCAAAGGGUGAGCGAGGACCCAAAGGACCAGCGGGACCUCCAGGCCUUCAGGGUCCUAAAGGAGAAAAAGGCUUCGGGAUGCCAGGUCUGCCAGGCCUAAAGGGUCCUCCAGGGAUGCAUGGCCCUCCUGGCCCUGUCGGACUUCCUGGAGUGGGCAAACCGGGAGUGACAGGCUUCCCUGGGCCCCAGGGCCCCCUGGGAAAGCCAGGUCCUCCAGGUGAACCUGGGCCACAAGGCCCUAUUGGUAUACCAGGGGUUCAAGGACCUCCUGGGAUUCCUGGAGUUGGAAAACCAGGCCAGGAUGGGAUCCCUGGCCAGCCAGGAUUUCCAGGUGGCAAAGGAGAGCAAGGACUGCCUGGGCUGCCAGGACCCCCGGGCCUUCCAGGAAUCGGAAAACCAGGCUUCCCAGGGCCCAAAGGCGACAGGGGUAUAGGGGGCGUUCCUGGGGCUCUGGGACCAAGAGGGGAAAAAGGACCAGUAGGAGCCCCUGGAAUGGGAGGUCCCCCAGGAGAGCCAGGCCUGCCUGGAAUCCCAGGUCCUAUGGGCCCUCCAGGAGCAAUUGGUUUUCCUGGACCCAAAGGAGAAGGUGGGGUUGUGGGGCCACAGGGGCCACCAGGUCCCAAGGGUGAGCCAGGGCUUCAAGGCUUCCCAGGAAAGCCAGGUUUCCCUGGAGAAGUGGGGCCCCCUGGGAUAAGGGGUUUGCCAGGGCCCAUAGGGCCCAAGGGGGAAGAGGGGCACAAAGGGUUGCCAGGGCUCCCUGGUGCUCCAGGGAUGCUUGGACCAAAGGGAGAACCAGGAAUCCCAGGGGACCAGGGUUUACAGGGCCCCCCAGGCAUCCCAGGUAUUGUAGGCCCUAGUGGCCCCAUUGGACCACCUGGAAUCCCAGGCCCUAAAGGGGAACCGGGCAUCCCAGGGCCCCCUGGGUUCCCUGGAGUUGGGAAGCCAGGAGUAGCAGGACUUCAUGGCCCCCCAGGGAAGCCUGGUGCCCUGGGGCCUCAAGGCCAGCCUGGCCUUCCUGGGCCCCCAGGCCCUCCAGGGCCCCCAGGGCCCCCAGCUGUGAUGCCCCCUACACCACCUCCCCAUGGAGAGUAUUUGCCAGAUAUGGGGCUGGGAAUUGAUGGAGUGAAACCCCCCCAUGCCUAUGGGGCUAAGAAAGGCAAGAACGGAGGGCCAGCCCAAGAGAUGCCUGCAUUUACCGCUGAGCUGACAGCACCUUUCCCACCCGUGGGGGCCCCAGUGAAGUUUGACAAACUGCUCUAUAACGGCAGACAAAACUACAACCCUCAGACCGGCAUCUUCACCUGCGAGGUCCCGGGGGUCUACUACUUUGUGUACCACGUUCACUGCAAGGGAGGCAACGUGUGGGUUGCUCUGUUCAAGAACAACGAGCCCAUGAUGUACACGUACGACGAGUACAAAAAAGGCUUCCUGGACCAGGCGUCAGGGAGCGCAGUGCUGCUGCUCAGGCCCGGAGACAGAGUGUUCCUCCAGAUGCCCUCAGAACAGGCUGCGGGGCUCUACGCGGGACAGUACGUCCACUCCUCCUUUUCAGGAUAUUUAUUGUAUCCCAUGUAAAACAAAGGAAACAAAAGAGAGAUUUUAUAGAAGAAAAUGAUGCACCAAAAAAUUCGAAUGAAAAGCGUAAUUGCUUCAAAACAUUUAUAUAGUUGGAAAGUUAUAUUUAAGUGAACAUUCGAACCAUCAUGUACAAAUAAAAACUAAGAUGCAUGUUGUAUGCUCUGCACAGCAGCUUGUAAUUGAAAAUGAUGGGAUAGAUUUAUGUAUCAAGUACUGACACUUGUGUUAUACCCACUGGAAUCAUAUUAGCUGUUGUAUGUUAUGUGCUUCCAUGAUAACCUGCUUAUUCAGAUCAGUCAAAAAAUUUCAGUAUGAAAGAAGAUCAUAGCUAAUGAAAGUCACUCACUCAUAUUGUUACUUUAAAAUAUUUAUAAAUAUGGCUUAAAGAAAUGUCAAUGAUAACAAUUAUAUACCGUAUUUACUUGCAUAAUUUCCUCUGUAUUUGUGCAGAUAUUUGGCCAUGGAAUGUGGGGGAGGAGUUCUGCAGUGUUACUGCCCUGGUGGGAGGCGGUGAGGGGGCCAUGGUAGGGCUUUAGUGCAAAGGCUAUUUCUCUCCCGACAGGGACUGUGUCUUUUAGCAACAGGAGUCCUACUCAGAAUUGUGUAUCUAGUGUCUCUAGAAGAACAAGCGAACCAAUUGACAGCUGUAUAUUUACCCAGUGCUUAGCAUUAGGUGAGACACUUUUGUGGGGCUUAAGACAGUGCCCCGCAUAGAGCUAACACACCAUCUGGGAGAUAUGAGCAGUAAUUAACUCAUUUAUUCUUCAAAGGUUCUUUUUGUUUGUUUGUAUGUUUGUUUGUAUGUUUCUCUGUGCCUAGCACUAGGUGAGACACUUUUGUGGGGCUUAAGACAGUGCCCCGCAUAGAGCUAACACACCAUCUCGGAGAUAUGAGUAGUAAUUAACUCAUUUAUUCUUCAAAGGUUCUUUUUGUUUGUUUGUAUGUUUGCUUGUUUGUUUUCUGAUUUUUGUUUUCUUUUUUCUUCUCGCUGUAUAAUUUCCCACUAUAGCCCAACUAAUAUAAAUACCUGGAAGUCAUAAGAAAAAAGAAUAACCCUCUCCCCCCAUAACUUUCCAGUUUGGUGGAAUACUCAUUAUCAAUAGCAGUUAUUAAUUUUGUUUAAAUGCAUAUAAAAAUCCCCCUCCUUUGACUACACACACAUAUCUCCACAAUGAGGUUUCAUCCAUGAAGAGGCUAUCAAUAUUUUUCAGUAACCGUUGAAUUUCUAGGAAAUUUCCCUGUGUAGUGCACAUGCAAAUCAUUGUGUCGUCUGAGAUUCCAAAGUCAAUCCCCAAAUUCAAGCUUUCAUUUAUUUUGGGGUGGGGGGGGAUUUUCAGAAUUACAAAGGAAAAUAAUUUUUUCUUGAAAAAGUAAUUUCUAAAAUUUUAAAUUGAAAAAUGACUGUACUGCUUCCUGAUGUAGGUACUAAAAUUGUAGGAAAAGAACUAUUUCUUUAGAAGCAAUCUGUGGAAGAGCUACCUAGAAUGUCAUUUCAUGCUUUUUAUGUCGCCCCAUACUCAGCACGUGGUCAGAGUAAAUACAAGUUUAAAAGGAAAAAUAAAUAUUUUUCCAUGUUUUCACUUAGGUACAUACUAAUGGCUUCAGGAUACAAAUAUGGUCUCAAAACACAGACGAAGCAUUUCAAGUCAACUAUGAGUCUACUGCUGACACUGUUAGUCACUGGAGGAAAGAAUGUGGGCUUUGGGUGGCGGAAUCUUGUAUUUUUUCCUCAAAAUUAAGAGGAGUUGAGGGGAUAGUUACAGAUGGGAAAUUACACGAAUAAAUACGGUAUAAACACAUGGAAAUGUGUCUAUGUCAAAUCUGAAUCAUUUUAACCAUCAAGAAAAUUCUCUUCAAACUAAUAUGUCUUUUCUCUGAUAUGGUAUAUUAUUUUUUCUCAAUUUCUUAAAAACAGAAAUGAGUUCAUUACCAUAGGGUUUCUUAUUCACUGCUAAUUAUAUGAUAAAAUUUUCCCAUCAAAAAAUGUCGCACCCAGCUUUCAUUUUCAAAGCAGACAGCAUGUAUGUGGCCAAGCAUCCUUCGGGUUGGUCUUGAGAGUGCUGGUUUGGUGCCGAUGACGAUGGGGGCAAUGUGGAUGCAUUGAGCUCCUUCUGCUGAACGGCUGCAUUGAAAUGGUUUGGAAGCAAGUCAGAUCAAGCUGAUUUGUAAAACUGUAUUUAUCUGUACAUGUAUGGGCUUUUUAUUUCCACCAAGUAAGAGAGAAAGUACCUAUUUAGUUAAAACCAAAUUUUACUUUUCAAAUAUCUUCCAACUUAUUUAUUGGUUGUUACUCAAUUGCCUAUAUGUGUAUGUACGUAUGUGUGUAUGUGUGUGUUUGUGUGUAUUAUCAGGCAUAUGCUUCUAACUUGUAGAUAGGGGAGGAGCAAAAUCUAUGCCAGAUACUGUGUAUUCUACAAUGGUGCUAAUCUCAGAGCUAAAUGAAUUACUCCAUUUAAUUUAAAAAAAGAGUUUUAAAUAAUUAUCUAUGUGUCUGUGUUUCUCUUUUGAGUGUUGCACAUCAUGUUAACACACUAGUAUAAAAGCAGGUGAAAAAAUCAAGCGGUCUAAACUCUAGGGAUGGUGCUAUAAUCCCUAUUUUAUUCAAAAUUAACUAGAACUUUUCCAUGUGAAAUGGACCCAACUGGCAUUAUUGUUAUUUAAAUACAGAGUUUUAAGCAGUAUGACAUCCUACAGGGGAAAAGAAUGUUUAUAGUGGGUGACUAUUCUCAAAUAUUUUACAGAAUACCAUGAACGGUGAACAGACUGGUAACUUUUUCGAGUUUCCAUGAUAGAUUUGAGACUUGUCAAUAGCAAAUCAUUUUUGUAUUUAAAUUUUUGUACUGAUUUGAAAAAAAAGUCUUAUUAAAUAUCUUUAAAAGAA